AUGGAAGAAGAAAAACCGGACGAAGAUGAGGAAGUUACAGUAGGAAAAAAUAUCAUUCACAACAAUUUCGAAAACGAGGAUUUUCUGAGCAACUUUCGGCUUCUGCUAGAGCGUCAGUGGCCGGAUGGAGUGAGGAGCGCCAUAGAAAGGGGUGCAAUAGCAAGAGGCACAGUUGAACGGGCUGCCGUUGAAAGAAUCGCCAUCGAAAGAGGCAAAGUUGAACGGGACCCAAUUGAACGGGCUGCGGUUGAAAGAAUCGCCAUCGAAAGAGGCACAGUUGAGAGAAGCAAGUUUGAGGGGAGCGCCGCGACCAGCGAAGCGGGCCCGAGAGAGCCAGCCCGGAGGGAGGCAACCCGGAGGAGAGGCCAAGGCACGAAGAAGCUCAUCAUCCAUUUGGUGCCCUCCCGCAAAUCCGACCUCUACACCUUCUUGAAGAAGAAAAAGGAACAAGUGCUAAACAAAUAUGGAAAGGAUGAAACUUAUAAGUAUGAAAGCCACAUAAGUUUGACUGGGUAUUUUUUUUGCAAUAAUAUCGUCACCUUUGCGAAGAGUCUCUACGUGUAUUUGUUUUAUUAUGUGAAGCUUUACCACGUGUCUAGGACGUUGUCCCUUCGGGAUUUGUUCUUUUGCAUUCCGUGUGGCGUCGGGGGGAGGUGGGAGAGGUUGAAGAAGCGAGACCAGCCGCAUCCGCAGCCGCAACCGCAGCCGCAGCAGCUGCUAGAUGUGCACCCCGCUUCCCCGGCGCAACCCGUAACGCGCAACGCCCAGGAGAAGCGCAUCCUGACGACGAACGACGGGUACGUGAUCAUCCCCAUCAUGUGUGAGUGGCUAAAAAGGAUUUUCGAGAACUUCCGUUUUUUAAUUAAAAAUGACAGUUUCGCAUCGCGUAGGAAGUAUGGCCAGGGGGGAAGGGACAAGUCCUCCAGAAGACACUUGCGCAAGCGUUCGGCGGUUAAGAAGGAGGGCGGCCACUUCGCUGGUGCAAGGGGGAGGCGGCACCGGGUAGAGGAAGAACAGUCGGAGGAGCUUCCACUAAGGAUACCUUACCAAGGGAACAACGCUACAGGGGUGAUACAUCCCGUUGUGGGGGAGGAAUGCCCCACGCCGUGUGAAGGUGGCAACACUCCCCUAGCGCAACACAAUGGCGAAGAACCUGCGCUGCAGUCGUGUGCAAGGCGGAGCAGAGGACGGUGCAGUGUGAGCAGUGUUAGUACCUCCGCCAGCAGCGGGGACUUGGGGCUGUGCAGCGAGGUGGCGCAGGUUGAGGGCACCCGGGGCGGCGCGCAGGUGGGAGAUGCCUCUCCUGCGUUGGGCCCCUCGGUUUGUGAAGAGGCGGACCCAGCGCGCAGCGGUGGAAUGCGAAGAAGCAGUGGACUGGAACGAAGCAGUGGAAUGGGAGGAAGCAGCAAACCCAUUCGAAACUGUGGAGCCAGCCGGGGCAACAAGAUAAAGUACCGGUACAACCACGCCAAGGUGCGCUUGCUCGAGUUCCGCAUAAAGAACUGCAACCACAUUUCCCUCGCCUCCAACCGGAGGGACCAGGGCGUGCAGAACGAGAUUGCCCACAUGUACAGAGACAUGAAGUACCACUUCUCCAACUGCGCGUGGGACUUGGUGAUGUUCGAGUGCGUGGAGGGGGGGGAGAUCGCCAAUGGGAGCGCAGGGGAGCGCCCCCCAGGUGGCAACCCCCUCUUGAAUGAAAUUUUUCGCUUCCGCAACUUCGCCGUCUCGUGA